CGAGCAGCAUCAGGCCUACAGAGAGAGAAUCCAACUACAAACGCCGAAGCUCUACUCAAUGCAACUCGUGUCUCAAUUCCCCCCGAGGUUUCACUACUACUGAGCCUAGGACCGAAAUUCGCACUCCCCUUCACGAGCGUGGGCGAAACACCAAUAUAUCAUCUAAUAGCAGACAUAGAAGGAAUCCUCAAAACGAAUCCAGAUGCGGAUGUCCAGGAGAGAACCAGGUGUUUGAUAGCGAACAACAUUCAAAACUUCCUCCAUCGCUCAAGAAAGGGACCACACAGCUCAACCACCAACAAGCAGUUGGAACAAGCGGAGCGUCGUACGAGAGUUUUCCUCCGACAAAAUCCCACUCUGUUGGUGUUGAAGGCGGACAAGGGGAAUAAGACUGUGAUCAUGGAGAGAGAGGACUACACCGCGCGAAUGAAGGCUAUGCUCACCGACGAAACAACUUACGAAAAAAUCAAACGAGACCCGACAUCCACGUUUCAAGCGAGAAACAACAACCUGGUACGACGCUUGCAAAACCUGGACUUGAUUGAUCGAUCGACAGCAACACAGUUGAUCACGUACAAGGCGGUCUGUCCUAGAAUCUACGGACAACCCAAACCCCACAAACCUAAUAUGCCUCUCCGGCCAGUGGUUCCAUGCAUGACAGCCCCGACGUACCACUUAUCCAAAUUUAUUGGUAACAUUAUCCAAUCAUCCAUUACCAGUAAAUACAACAUCAAAGAUUCAUUCGAAUUCUGCGCUUUCAUCAACAAUGUGCAGAUUCCAGAAGGCCACAUAAUGGUCUCGUUUGAUGUCGUGUCCCUCUUUACCUGCAUCCCAAAAGAACUCGUCCGAAGGAGCAUCUUCAAGAACUGGGUCAACAUCACCCAGAACACAACUAUAUGUCUAGAUCUAUUUUGGGAAGCAGUAGAGCUAUGCAUCGACUGUAGUUACUUCGUAUUUGAGGGAGAAUACUACAAACAGGUGUUUGGAACGGCAAUGGGGAAUCCCCUAUCACCUGUAAUUGCGGAUCUCGUCAUGGAAGACAUACUGAACGACGCAGUGGAAAACACUGGGUUUCCGAUCCCAUACAUAAAAAAAUACGUUGAUGACUUGUUCUUAGUGCUACCACCGAGCAAGAUAGACGAAGUGAGAGAGAUAUUCAAUCAACAACACACCAGUAUAAAAUUCACGGUCGAAACAGAAACAGAUGGACGGUUACCCUUUCUAGACAUGAUGCUAAUUAGGAAAGAGGAUCACACUGUCGUCACCGAAUGGUACGCAAAACCCGUGGCUUCCGGAAGAAUAUUGAAUUAUUAUUCAUGUCAUCCGAUGCACACAAAGAUGAAUGUUGCGGUGAAUUUUGCUAAGAGAGUCUUCCAACUUUCGACAAACUUGGAGUCAUCAGCAAUUAACAGCAUCAUACACGACCGUUUGAAGCAGAACGACUAUCCAAAACAAAUAACCAGUCGAAUCAUAACCCGAAUAAACAGAAGAGUAACACCAAAUACAGCUAUGGAAGUGAGCGUAGAGGACACUGGAGAAAAAUGUUUCCGCUCACUCACCAAUAUCGACGGCCUAACAGAGCAAAUAACUAAAACCAUACGAAAAGAAUAUCCCAAUAUACACAUAGCACACAAGCAGGCAAAAACAGUUGGCUCGAUUCUACCCAUGGUGAAAGACAGAAUCAGCCAAGGGGAAAAGAGCAAUGUAGUGUACAGGAUAGACUGCGCAGACUGUGAUGCAUGUUAUAUUGGGAUGACAACAACAAAACUAAAGAGCACGCUCUCUGGCCAUCGAUCAAACGUGAGGAAGCUGCAAAAGCUGAGAGAGGAGGGACACACAAACAGGGACGGAGCAAUAGCAGAAAUCAGAGAGAAGACAGCAUUAGUUAACCACGCAGCAGCAAUGGAACACUCGUUUAAGUUAGACGAAGUAGUAAUAGUAGACAAGACACACAAAUCAACCAACCUCCAAUUCCUAGAGAGUUGUCACAUAUACAACACUGAGAAAACAGUAAACAAACGAUCGGACACAGAAAAUCUACACGCAACCUAUGCAGGAAUACUACACACAUUUAAGAAUGCUCAAAAUAGAACCAAAACAAAUCACACCAAUAGACCUAACACAAACAGACCAUAGACCAUAAUAUUAUUGACACACUUCCAAACUAGAUAGUUCAUCCAAAGUUGACCCUGCUAAAUUAGUGCUUUCCGUAAUGCUACCACCCCCAAAACAAAUUGUAAGUACACUUUAAAAAUAUUUCACACAAAUCACACCAUAAUCUUUGUAAAAUAUCCACAACAGACUCUAGCAAUAUUGACAUUUCAACGUUUAACAAAUCCGACUAGACAAAAAAACGAUACAAAUUGAGUCCCUGAAGAAGCUUCCAUACGAAGCGAAACGUUGGAUGAAAAUUUAA